GCAAAGGCAGUGAUGAACUGAACUGAAUGAAAUCUCCCUUUUAAUUCAGAUUUCAUUUCACACCCCAAAAAUAAAACAACAAGAAACAGAAGAAUAAGAAGAAGAAGAAGACAAUAAUGGUGGUUGAUGAUUUGGCGGUGGAUAUUAUGACCAUCAUGCUUCUCUCUCAAGCUCCUUCUUCCCCUAGAUUCCCCUCUGUUUAUUCCAAAAGGCUUUUGAUGGAGGGGAGAUAUAGUGGUGACUGACUGAGAAUGAUGAAGGUGUUUGUGAGAUAAUUGUUUACUUGAUUCUUUUGGGGGAAUAUGGCAAUAAUAACAAUAAACCCUAAACCAACAACACCAAAACCCUCCAAGGAAUUCACUUGAAAUGGGAGAUUCUCGCCUCACAGCCCUGUCAUUAUUGGAGAAUCAUCACCACUCAUCCACACUUUUCUUGUCCAUGGAUUCAAGCGCUUCCUCUUCCCACGACGAAUUCGAUUUCGACACGAAUCGCCAAAUCCCGCCCUCUCACCCCCCUGACAUCAACUUGCCCCUUUCAGUCGAGCGCAGCCCGCCUCCGCAGCAGCUGCCAUGGAACGCCGAAUCUUGUGAAAUUUUAGAUGUUGGUCUUGUUCCACACGUCUUUGAGACUGAGAGUUUGGUGAGCAUUCCCAAGAUUGGCCGAAAAUGUGCCAAGCGGGUUGAUAGCAUAUGGGGUGCUUGGUUUUUCUAUACUUUUUACUUCAAGCCUGCGUUGAGGGAGAAAUUGAAGGCGAGAAUUAUUCGCGACAACAAUGGAGUUUCGGGGUUUGAUAAGUCCGAUCUCAACCAUGAUGUUUUCAUGGUUCAACAUGACAUGGAGAACAUGUACAUGUGGGUCUUCAAGGAGAGGCCCGAGAAUGCUUUAGGUAAGAUGCAGCUCAGGAGUUACAUGAACGGGCAUUCUCGCCAAGGGGAGCGCCCCUUCCCGUUCAGUGUUGAUAAGGGAUUUGUUCGUUCUCACAGGAUGCAGCGGAAGCAUUACAGGGGUCUAUCGAACCCCCAAUGUGUGCAUGGUAUCGAGGUUGUUCCUUCCCCGAAUCUCACUGGAUUUAGUGAGGAAGAUCAGAAACGUUGGAUGGAACUUACCGGCAGGGAGUGGAAUUUUACAAUCCCUCCCGAAGCGAGUGACUUUAGUUCAUGGAGAAACCUUCCCAACACAGAUUUUGAGCUUGAGAGGCUGCCUUCUCCGAUAAAGAGGAACACAAAUAAUAAUUCGAAGAAGCUGCUAAAUGGGUCUGGCCUGAACUUGUCUACCCAGCCAUUGAACCACAGUAGUUCUGAGGGGAUGGACCUAUCGCCCGUGAGCAGCAAAAGGAGGAAGGGGCUAUUCCCGAAUGGAAACAAUGACUAUUGCUACUUGGCAAUUAACCCUCCACCCGAUCGGAUUCCAGAUACAGAAAUUCACCAAAAUGGACCACACUGGCUGAAUGACUUUAGCGGGGUGAUGAAGAAUGUUUACGGGCCUGUUACCGGUGCAAAAACGAUUUAUGAGGAUGAAGAAAGUUAUCUGAUAAUUAUUAGCUUGCCCUGUGUAGAUCUUCAGAGGGUUAAAGUUUCUUGGAGGAAUACUCUUACACACGGUAUCAUUAAGGUGUCCGGUGUGAGCACAUCUCGCGUGCCGUUUAUCAAGAGACACGAUAAGGUUUUUAGGCUUACAGAUCCCUCAUCGGAGCACUGCCCUCCAGGAGAGUUUGUCAGAGAAAUCCCGCUUUCAACCCGAAUCCUCGAAGACGCUAACAUAGAAGCUUACUACGAUGGGCCAGGAUCAGUACUUGAGAUUCUGGUUCCAAAACUCCACGCAGAACCGGAAGAGCACGAGAUUCGAGUUUGCUUUCGCCCUCACCUCGGAGGGAAAAACGAUCUCACGUUUAGUUGAGAUUUGCAAUAAAAGAGAGGGACUUGCAAGGCUCGUUUCCAUCAUAUUGAGGCCUCAUUGUUUCUCUAACUCUGUAACAUACAUUUUACGCUGUGAAAGUGAAUGAAUGUUUUCACAUUUCUUACAUAUUAACAACUUGCAAUUGAAUCUAGUCGUUUAUACAGUUAUCUUUGGUUAUUGGCAUCUUGUAUGCAUGGGAUAAGAGUGUAAUUGAGCUCCAUACUUUUUGAGU